AUGUCAGAUAGUAUAUUUUCUAGUUGUGCUAGUAUUUCAAAUUCGGAUUUUCUAGUGGAUGAUAAAUCGCUAAUACUACUAGGUGAUGAUGGUCAAUCAGGACUUAAACUACAAAUUCUGGAAUCGUGUCUUGAUAAUGUAAGUGAGCAGCUCCCAAUAUGCUUGAAAUUGGGCCUAUCUCGCAAUGGUUUUGUAGAUCAUCGGCUGAGAAAACCACUAUGGUAUCAUAUUCUUUCAAGCAGACUAUGCCGGAAUGACUCAACUAGUGAAGGAAUGCCAGCGCUUGUACGGGUUGAUUCAGGCUACUCUGGUGCAGAAAUUUGUGGUGAUAAUGAGCAGGAGGAUACAACUAUAGUUAAUGAGAAAUAUAGCGAGUUGCUAGAUGGUGAUGAGCGUCAGGUUGAAUUGGAUGUAAGGCGGUCUUUUGGGUUUAUUGAGGACGUAAAUGAGAAGGAGAAGUUGCGGGAGAUUCUAAAAAGUACUAUUUUGAAGUUUCUUAGGAAAUACCCGGAAUUACGUUAUUACCAGGGCUAUCAUGACGUUGUUAGUGUGUUUGUUAUGGUAUUCCAAGAUGGCCAGGCGUCUGAUAUGUGUACCCCUGAAUGCUCAAAGCUAGAAAGAGUACCUUCGUCGGGUCGAAGCAGCAAAGACGAGGGAAUAAUGACGUCAGAUAUUGAUAUUGAAGAGGCAGACAUGUUUACCACGGUUGAGAUAUUUACCCUUCUGUACUUGCGCGACUUCAUGAUGGAUACCCUGGACUUCACCAUACAUCAUUUGCGCAUUAUUUCACUGUUAGUCCAGGCUGAAUGCCCUAAGUUUUACGAGGAAGUUAAGCUAGCCACAGUGAAUCCAUUCUUUGCCCUUUCUGCCAUUCUUACUUUAUUCAGUCAUGAAUUGAAGCCCGAUUUUGAUGAGACAUCACCUUUGUAUCAAAUAUUUGAUAUGGUGAUAUCUUCAGGGAGUAUGAUGCUUCCGCUCGUGAUCUACGCAAGUAUUUUGCUUGAGCUUAAGGAUGACAUAUUGUUUAAGUGCAAAACACAAGCCGAUUUGUUUGAAAACAAUACCGAUUUAAUCCAUGGGGUUAUACAGCAAGUCCUCCAAGCCAACCGUAGUGUGGAACAAUGGAAUAGUAUUUUGGACAGGAGUCGUUCUUAUCUGGAGGCACAGCAAGAGACUUCAUCGGCUUUUAGUGUUGAGAAAUACGAUUGGAUAAACCCGUACAGUGUGUUACGGACUUCCCCCGCUAACGAAGAAUACUAUACGAGGGGGGAACUCCGAACUAUAAUAUCCCAGGAAGUAAAGGCAAGUCAUGAAAGCGUACUAUCGGUAACACCUGAAUGUAAUAGUGAAGAAAAAAAAUCGAGAAGCUGGACCCAUUAUAUUCCGUUCAUAAACCUUGCUCCAUUCUGGAGGUGGCCAAUUUACGUGGUAGUUUUUGCGCUGUUGUUUAGAGCUUACAAUCAAAACCAGUUGAGCACAUACGGACUUUGGGCUAUGAAGUAUUGCGCUGGAAGAAUCGGUCGUAUUACAUCAGGUAUGUCAGUACCCCGGACUCUAAAUUAUGUCGGAAUUGGUGAUUUAUCGUGGUUUUACAAUUCAAUAAAUCCACUAUACGAGAUGCAUUCCCCGUAA